CAAAGCAAGAGCUUAAUAUUUUAACCAAAGGGAACAAUUUAUUUAUAUUUGUGAGGUAAGACUCAACUUUUUGCUUUACGAGAGGUAGCAGUCUCCUCCCAUCAUCGUCUUCUCCACGUAAAUUCUCUGCAAAAUUCCCUCUCUUCUCAGUCGACAUGUCGGCGACUGGAAGAAUUCGUUCUCUCUCAUCGCUUGUGAUUUUUUUCUGCGGAGCCGUCGCGAUUCUCUCACCUCCAUCGACUUCCUCCGUAGACACCUUCGUCUUCGGCGGCUGUACGCAGCAGAAAUACAUUCCCGGCUCGCCCUUCGAUUCCAAUCUCAACUUGCUCCUCGGCCGCCUCGUCGGCACGGCGGCGUCCUCGGCCUACGCCAACUUCACCGUCCUCGGCUCCACCCCUCAGGACACCAUCUACGGCCUCUACCAAUGCCGUGGCGACCUCAACUCCGGCGACUGCUCCCGGUGCGUUGCCGGCGCGGUUUCCCGGCUCGGAACGGUCUGCACCGAUGCGUGCGGCGGCGCGUUACAGCUGGAGGGGUGCUUCGUGAAGUACGAUAACCGGAGCUUCUUCGGGGCGGAGGACAAGACGCUGGUGGUGAGGAAAUGCGGGCCGCCGAUUGGGUCCAACUCGGGCGCGUUGACUCGGCUGGAUGCCGCGCUGGCGUAUUUGGCGACGGGUGGUGGGACCUACAGGGUUGGUGGGGCCGGAGAGGUGCAAAGUACGGCGCAAUGCAUAGGGGAUUUGAGUGUGAGCGAGUGCCAGGAUUGCAUCACUGACGCCAUCGGACGGCUGAAAUCGGCCUGUGGGGCGUCCGCUUGGGGUGACGUGUAUUUGGCUAAAUGCUACACGCGCUUCACCAGAGGUGUGACUUACUCGCAAGAUGGAGGAAAUGGAUAUGGAAAUGGAAAUAAUACAAAGAACAAUGACGAUGAGACCAACAAGACAUUAGCAAUAAUUAUUGGACUUAUUGCAGCGGUUGCCUUGAUCAUCCUAUUCAUCACUUUCCUCAACAAAAAGUGUGAAAAAAGAAAAGGUUGUAAGUAAGUCAUACUAUGUGGGCAAUAAUGUAAUUUCACAAAUACCUUUUGGGUAUGUAAUCUCUCUAUACUUUUCAUUUUAAAUUUCUUUCAUCUCAAAGAAUAAAA